GUGUCUAAUCGAUACACACAGUCAUCAUCUCAUUAUUCACCGUGCGAUACUUGCUGCAGAAAUCCAUUUUAAUCGGAUCUGUGCGUGUCAGACAGUGAGAUGAGCUUCGGGAAAGCGCUGGUCAUCAUCACCGGAGCGUCUAAAGGCUUCGGUCGGGCUCUGGCUUUGCAAAUAGCGGCUCGUAUCACAGCGGGUUCGGUUCUGAUUCUAGCGGCCCGAUCCGAGGAUAAACUGCAAGAGGUCAAGACUCAUUUAUCCCGCGAUGAUGCAGGACUCACAGUGCGCUGUGUGACGGCUGAUUUAGGCUGUAAAGAAGGUGUCAAGAGAGUUCUGACAGAGAUCAGACACACAUCAUGCGAGGAUAUCAACCAGCUGCUGCUCUUCAAUAACGCAGCGUCUCUCGGUGAUGUAUCGCGGUAUUCUCGUGAUUUCAUGGACAUGGAUGAGGUGGACUCCUAUAUGUCGUUGAAUGUGAGUUCUGCGCUCUGUUUGACCGCUGGAGUUCUGCACGCAGUGCCACGGCGCGACGGUCUGAAGCGCGUCAUCAUCAACAUCAGCUCGUUGUGCGCGAUCAAACCCUUCCCGUCCUGGGUCCUGUACUGCAGCGGGAAAGCGGCCCGGGACAUGAUGUUCCACGUGCUGGCAGAAGAAGAACCGGAUCUCAGAGUCCUCAACUAUGCACCCGGGCCGCUGGACACAGACAUGCAGCUGCAGGCGAGGAGCAGCAGUGCAGACAGCAGUCUGAGGAACACGUUCAGUGUGAUGCACGCUCAGGGUCAGCUGCUCACCUCAGAAGAGUCCAGUACUAAACUCAUCAACAUCCUGCUGGAGGAUCGCUACACCUCUGGAGCACACCUGGACUUCUAUGAUUUAUAGAGCCCAUGCCCGAUGCAGAAAGAAAAUGAAUUUGCGAUAUUCCAGUAGUGUUAUUAAUAAUCGACCAGCUGGUGCAGAACGAGUACUAAAUUAGUCGAUUACUCGUGCACAUCCCUAAUAUAUGUUGGCUAAACACUGUGUGAUUUAUGAGAAUGUGGAUCUAGCCUUGAGAACUGUGCCUUGAGUUUAAUAUUUCAAUUUCAGAACAGUUUGCAUGAAGUUGGCGUGAACGGAGUACCAGUGAUGUUGUCAGAGUCUUUUUAUAUAUAUUUCUGGACCAACAGAAAACAUCUCAACUGCUUUCUCUUUGCUAUUGUUUGCCAAACGUUAGCUUGCAUCAGUUCUGUGCUCACUAACUCGUUUAUUGUAUUUUUAAUUACUAACAUUUGUCACAAAUUCGGUCUUCAAAUAGUCCAGAUGGAAUCUGCAGACAUUUUUCACAUUUUCUGAGAUUAUUUAUAUUGAUAUAUUUUAUUUUUUGAUGAUAUAUUUUAAAUGGGAUCAUUUGCCAUUCUUCAUUUUUUGAUUACUUUUAAAUGUUUUUUAGAUUUUAAAAAAGAAUUAUCUAUUGUAUUAUUUACAGUAUUUCUUUACAUGAAAUAAUCACAAAUUAUGUUUUUCUGUAUUUUUUUUUAAUCAUUAAAUUUUUGUAAUUGUUACUAUAUUUUACUACAUUAGUAAAGUAGAAUAUUUUGUUAUUAAUGGAGGAUUAAAUAAUUGCAUUGCAAAAGUCUGUCUGUCUGUUGGGGGACUGGAGUCCAGUCCGAGUCACAAGUCUGAUUUUAAUGGACUUGGAUGCAUUUUCCUCGGACUUGACUUGGACUCGAGCCUUUGAGACUCUGGAUAUUUUUCAGAUUCUGUCGCAUUUGAUUUGUGAUGCAAUGAACAAAAUAAAUAAAUAAUAACAGAACAGAAAUAAAUGGACAAAUGCCACGACUUCAGUGACAAGACAGACAGUUGUGUAAUAUGAACGGUACCACGAUUCGACGUCUUUGAAAGUCAUAGUGUGUAGAAGCCAUAACUUGUGCUGACAGCCUAGCAUCUUUCAUUGAUGUAAACACAGUCGGUUAUAUCUUCAGUUAAUGUAAACAGGUGGUUAAAAAAGUUGGAAAUGGUCAAAAGAUUGGCUCUGUGCACUAAACCUUGCAGUGUGAAUGCAGCCGGAGAAGUGUAGAGGCAGAAACGUAUUAAUAAACAGUUACCUUGUGUAUGUACCUUCAGGCACAUCUCGUGGAUAUGGGAUUUAGGGAUUGGAAGUGUGGGUGACACACCUUGUAGAUCAUCUGGACAAUGGAAGAUGUGGGUUUACAUGGUGCCAGCUGUCAGAAAGAGAUUUUAAGAUGACCUGAGCCAUGAGUUUGUUUGCCAUCAAGGAAUUGUUGCAGGAUAUUAACAUUUAUGCAUUUGGCAGACGCUUUAUCCAAAAUCUCUUAAGAGAAUGCACUUCAAAUCUUCUUUUAACAAACCAGAGAGUGUGGCGUUCGGCAAAUCAAUGAGCUUGUUCACAUGCACACAAUUCCCAAUCCCACUUUAUUCAAAACAUUUUACAUUUAACAUUUGAUAAACUGGUAAGAAUUACUUCAAAUCAGAGUAAUGGGUAAAAAUCUACUGUGCUGUAAAAAAGUA